AUGCUGCGAAGCUUCCUGCCGGUGAUGCGGCCAGCAGGACGCUUACUGGUGGUUGCCAGUGGUUUCGGCACUCUUACGAAGCUGCCUGAGAACCUGCACGCGAAGUUCGAUGUCCAAAGCUCGACUCUGGAGGACCUGGACAAGGUGAUGCUGGAGUAUGUGGCUGCAGUUGAGGAUGGCAAGGCGGCCGAGGAAGGCUGGCCUGACUGGGUGAACAUCCCGUCGAAGGUCGGCCAGGUUGCCGCAGUGAAAGUGGCAGCAGCCGCCUUUAGCCACCUCUUCGUCGGAGCGUGCUGCCCCGGGCUUGUGGAUACCGCUGCGUCCCGGCCGUGGUUCAAAGACAUGUCCCACGCGCAGAGUCCGGCCGAAGCCGCCACGGAUGUGGUGUGGCUCGCGAAGGAAGGCACGGCAGACCUGCGCGGAGAGUUGGUCCAGAAGCGAAAGAUCAUCGCAUGGACGUAG